AUGCCGUACCUCUUGUCCUCGACAACUCUUCGGAUCUGCGGGUCGCCCAAAGAUGUGUUGCCGCUGCCACCGAGCCAUAUCUCAGCAAUCCCUCACAUCGUGAUCUUGGAUGUCCGAGAGUUUUCCAAGCAGCCUCUGGAACUGGACCAGUUCUACAGCUUGAGGACACUAGAGCUGCGCAACAUCGACGUCUGGUGCAAGUAUCAUGAUGAAACUUACCUGCAGAGUGCGACGGCGGACGAAUUCAUGAUUAACCUGGCUCUGUUCAACCUAUACAGGAUUACUCCUCGGCUUACCUGGCUAUGCCUUGAUUCGCGGAAGCCGUUUGAAGUACUGCUGUGUUGUCAAUAUAUGAUGCCAUCCACAACUCAGGAGACGAUUCACGCCGUCAUCGAUAUUAGUGAAAAGGUUUUCCGGCACAAGUCCAGAGGACCAGCCAUCCGUGCCAGCAAAUGUAUGGGGGUGCUUCCACCGAUUGACUAUCCUGUGGGGUGA